GCUCAACUCUAUGUCUGGUCGUAAACGUUGCAAGCGUUCAAGAGGACAUUUAAUUCCUAUCGAUCACAACAAAAUUUCAAUAUUAGAUAUAAAUAUAGCUCCGUUUCUCUCACCUUUGAGAUCCCGGGUGGACGCAAUCCAGCAUGGUUUUCACCUGAAAUUUCCGGACGAAUAUCUUUGGUUCUAUGCUUUUUGUUGCUCUGUGAAUCCGGAUGAUCCUCUCCGAGCAUUUGAGCAAGUGACGGAUUUGCACUUGGUUGGCCCAUUUGAGUUACUUCACUCUGAGUUGGCAUUUCCCAUUGAGCCUGGGAAAUUUGCUCUCUGCUAUCGCUACUUUCAUGAUCCUCCAGAGUUUGUAACCCUCUUAAAAGGUCCUGACUACUGUCAUAUUGGAUGCUGGCGGGACUCUCCAGAAGAAUUACCUUCUGCGAUAGUAUUUUCUAACGCCGCCGAAAAUGGUCACAUGGACCUGAUUGCUCCUAAUUUAUUCUCUGCUUUGAAGGUUUUGCUCGAUAGAAAAUUGGUUGCAGGCCAAGAAUUACUGAAUAAACUGGAAAUCUUUGCAAGAAAACAUCAAAUACCAAUCACCGUCUCUGAAUCCGCUAUCCGCGCUAGGCUCCACACUUGCGUUUGCCCCACUUUAAAUGGAAUCGGGUUGCGAAUUAAUCUCAGAGAGAGCGGUCUUGGAUACCGUCCCCUUUCUGUAUCCAACUUGUUCGUCCCUCGCCUGAAUGGACGCUUGAUUCCCAUUCAAACCCGAAAUCGCUGGUCCCCCAGAGAACAGAGAGAAGACCGGAUCGGACGAGCAGAGUAACAGAGAUGAAUUAGGAGACCACACCGUUCAUUGUAAAGCUAAACUAUCAUCGAUUCUACAACACGUGGUUGGUGCUGAUACGGAUGAAAACCGACUGUCUAAAUUGGAAGCUGUGGAUGAACUCGUCACUUUCGCUCAGUUCGCCUGUGAUGAAGGUGAUUUCGGCCAAAGCUUAGAACUCGGACUGUCAAUGUUGGCGUUUCAUCCCAAGGAUCUUCCUCUGGAAAAAGCGAAUGUGUUGAAUUCACGAAUAUCUUGCCUUCUCGGUGUUGGUUACCGCCUGGCUGGAAGAUAUGAGUUCUCCGACGUCAUCCAAGCCCACAUGAAUGCUCGACGCACUGAUCCAAUGACUAUGCCCACUGAUUUGUUUUCUCCAGGACUUUUGAUAACCGACAGAUGAUUAUUGUGCUACCUGUGGAAUUGCAUUUGUGCAUUCUUCUUUUCUUAUUAAACAGAUGAACUUUCCGAUUGUAUCCAUUUGUGUUUUUAUUCUAUCGUAACUAAGUUUUCAAAGUAAAGAUAGAUAUUUGGCUUUAUUCUUCGCGUUCACCAUCCCUGGAAUUGGCCUAAAUUCGUGCUGUACUACACAGAGGGCUUUGUAGAGUUUGACUUCUAACACGAUGCCCUGAUUUUCUUUC